UUGGAUGUGAGGAAAGGUCACGUGAGUAUAUGCGGAAGAGCAGCGUUUUCAAUUGACAAUAAAACCAUUCGGGGCUUCUGUUUUUUAAUGUCGUCUCUGUUGGCGUGUUAAAGGGUUGUUAAAGCUGCAUCGUAUAACUCAAAACGGUUAUUACCGUAGGUUCACGACAAUGCUGAGCGCAGCCGCUGCGGAGAGAAACAAGGAUCCCAUCCUGGCGGUGCUCCGGGGCAGCUUGGACCCCGGGAGAGCCUUGCAGGCGCUGGAAGUCUCCUCCGGAACCGGGCAGCAUGUCACACACUUUGCUCGGGCUCUGCGGAAUAUAACGUGGCAGCCUUCAGAGUACGACCAGCAGUCAAUACACAGUAUAGAAGCGUACAGAGCUCACUACCAGCUGAACAACGUGAAGCCCGUCAUCCACCUGGAUGCUUCUCUGCCUCAUCAGUGCUGGGGAGGGAUUCAGCCCGAGAGCCUGGAUCUGGUCGUCAACAUCAACAUGAUCCACAUUUCUCCCAUGUCAUGUACAGAGGGUUUAUUCAAAGGAGCUGCAGCAGUGCUGAAGCCUCAAGGUCUUCUUUUCACAUAUGGGCCGUAUGCGGUGAAUGGGCAGAUCACGCCACAGAGUAAUGUGGACUUUGACUACAGCCUACGACAGAGGAAUCCAGAGUGGGGGCUCAGGGACGUCUCGCUGCUCAGCUCUUUAGCUCAGACCAAUGGUUUGUUCCUGGAGAAAAUGGUGGACAUGCCGGCCAACAACAAGUGUCUUCUGUUCAGGAAGGAGAGUUUGGUGUGAGCUCUCCUGGUGUCGGCUGCAUUAGUUGAGUUGUUACCACCUGGUUGCCAACUGUGGUUGAAAAGUGAGGCUGUGAAAUACCCUGGAAAUGAUUAGCAAUCAGUGGGAAAAUAAAACCUUGUCUCCCUCUA